UCUCUUCUGUCGUCUCCGACGGAGCUUCUGAGAGAGGUGGACGGAGUUUCGGAUUCGGAGGUGAUCUGAUCUGACCUUACCUGACCUGUGAGGGGUUGAGGGGCGGCAGAGGAUGGUGGGGGGACGAGGAGGAGGGAUGGGGCGGCGGCACGAGCGGCAGGCCCUGAUGGUGGCGUUCGCGUUGGCGCUGCUCAUGGGCACCGCCGUCUACUUCCGCAUCUGGGCCCGCCAGGCCAGCGACCCCUCCUUUACCGCCGACGACCGCGAGGAGCUCCGGAGGCAAUUUGAACAAGCAAACCUAGAAGCGAUGGAUGAAUCUGCCGAAUGGAGGAUGAAAUAUGAUAAAGAGGUAGAGAAAAACAGGAAGUUGCAUGAUGAUCUUUCAAAGGUUAAGGCCUCGUUAGCUGGUACAGCCCGUCGUCUUGAGUUGUUGCAGAAGGAUAACGAGUUGCAGAAGCGGCAGACUGAAUCACUGAGGCAGCAAUGCAAUUGCACUCUCCAUUGAAAACUACUCAAGAUUAAGGGCAUGGAAGGAGUUUUCAGCUUCUUUGGCAGAUUUGCUAAACGCUUUUCGUUUGUCCAUCACUGGAGGGAGGAAAACCAGAUUGACUUCUAGGAAUUAGGACAUAUGAAAAUGAUUGAGAACAUAGUAUAGUCCAUAGUGUUUGUCUGUUGUACCAAUGGUGAGCUGCAUAUUUCAUCCAAAGUGAUUAGUUGCAAUUUCAUGAGUGGUAAUGCAAAUUGCAGAAGUCAAAAUGCAAAAUAUGGCGCCAUGGCGCUUAGCUUCUAUUUCUGAGUAAGGAUUUCAGGUUCUGAGUAAUUUUGCAGUGGCAGUUUGCAUGCUUCUGAGUACCUGACUGACUAUCUGUAAAUAUACAUUGUACACGGGAUGCAAAAAAAAUAGUGUCAGGUUUUAAAUUCAGGACCAGGCUUAUUGGUAGGAAACUUAAUAAUCCCUUGUAUUAUUGAUUACUUGCA